UCCCAGUUACUACUGGGAAGACUAUAAGCCCUCUCGGCAACUCCGUGAUUUGGCCAUAACAGGCAGUUUCCGCAGGUUCCCGACGUGGAUUAAUUCCAUGUUUCUUCCGAACCUCUCCAUCCUAACCAUAUUCGUGGAUGAUUUGGGCAAGCAGGACGUGGUGAACCUUGGUAGUUUGCCAGAGCUUACUGUCCUUCUAGGGAAAUGCGUUCUGAGGGGCAUGGAAUUCCCUAAUGGUGCGUUGCGUUCCCCAAGUUGAGGAGUUGCACAUGCGAGGUGUCUCUCUGCGCCAUUCUGGUUUCUGCAAGGAUCUAUGGAGAGCCUUGAGAAAAUUACUAUCGUACUGCCACUGCGUGCCUUGAAGGAUGCCAACAUUGGUUUUGACUUUAUCGGUAGCCUGGGGAACCUCCCUUCGCUCAAGAGGGUAGACGCUCAUAUCGGCUGCAAUGGUGCCAAAUGCUUCUGAUAUUGAAAAGGUGAAGGCAGCGGUGAGGCAAGCAAUCGACACCCAUCCCAACCAUCCCACCCUUCAUCUCUCAGCAUAUGGUCGACCACAGACUGAUGAUGAAGAGGAAUCAGACUCGGAACAGACCAAACAGGAGUUUCUGCUAGGAUCUAUGGAGAGCCUUGAAUGCAUUGAUAUCAGAGUGCGUGUUUUGAACGUUGCCAGCACUGGUUUUGACUUUAUUGGUAGCCUGGGGAACCUCCCUUCGCUCAAGAGGGUAGGCGCUUAUAUCGACUGCAAUGGUGCCAAUGCUUCUGAUAUUGAAAAGGUGAACGCAGCUCUGAGGCAAGCAAUCGACACCCAUCCCAAUCGUCCCACCCUUGAUCUCCACCCAUAUGGUCUAUCUCAGACUGAUGAAGAGGAAUUGGACUCGAAACAGACCGAACAAGAGGUAAUACCACCCUCGUCUUUGCAUUAUACUACCUACCAGUGUUGGUACGUCUGGUCAGGUAAUCGACGACAACAACGACGAGCAAGAAGUACCGGACUCUGAGAAGACCGAAC